AUGUCGUCGUCUAUUGCGAUCCCGAUGACACCGUCGUCGGCCAACACAUAUCACCACCACCAGUCCGCCCAGGUUCAGGGUGCUACUAGCUCUUUCUCGUCGACGUACUCCAGCUCGCCUCGGACUUCGUCUCCUUCAUCUAUUCAGAAGCAAAAGAUGGUUCACGAACGCCGUCCUAGCCUUCUCAGCUCCGCCUUGUCGAAGCAAGAAAGCACUGUGAUCAAUAUCGGCGAGCCUAACGGCACUCCCCGCCUGAUCACCUAUCUCUCCUCAAGCCAAGGCUUUGCGUGGAACCCAGAGAUCUUCCUGCCGUCUUAUGUGGACUGCGACUACGUCCCCCUCGAGAACCGACGGGAACCUGUACACGAGAUCGUCCUCAGCGACGAAGAGAUCAACAACAUGUUCCCCCAAUAA